ACGGAGAGAUGGUGACGUCAUUCCGAACAGCUGGCGGUGAGAAUGAAACCACUGGAGUUGUUGGACAUGGAGACACAACUGCAGCAAGAGGGUCUUUGUUUUGAGGCCUCUUCCGACUUGGAGCGAUUGGACUGUCUGUGGCGCCUCUUUAUCGAGAAGGACAACAGUGUGAGGAAGUUCACUCAGGAACUGCAAACUAAACACGCUGCUGAAAUCAGCACGUUUCAGCUAUACAUCCGGAAUCUCUCCAAGACUCGAGAUUCGAUGGCACUGGAGCUCGAGCGGGAAAAUGAAAUGCUCCGCUCCAAUCUGAUCGAGAUCAAUCUGCAACAAGAGGCUCAGAAGAGUGAGAUAGCGGAGAUGUUGGUGCAGGAAGGUUUGGCGGAGCUCAUAGCCAGCAGCCUGAGUGAGCAGGUGGCGUACCUCCUUGCAGACCAAGCUGCUCUCAGGGAGAAGAUUCAAGCCCUGGAAGAUAGGGACUCGGAUACCCGAAAUGUCCAGUGUGCUCAGAAGCAAAGAACUCCUGAUGAAAAUGCAGAAAAGGUGACACCACUGCAACGUUGGUGUUCUUGGAAGAGGAGUUUUAGGAAGGCUUCACAGGCCACGAAGGAUGAUAACCAAGCCACAAAGGACAAAACUUUUAAGGACGGAGAGCGGAGUUUGCUGGAGAGGGACCUGGACGAGGCCUCCACCAGGCUGAACCUGGCUCACAAGGAGAUCCGCCGCCUCAUUGACGAGCUCGAGUCGGCUCACGUGACCAAGAAGACCUACGAGUCCGAGCUCCAUGGGGCACAGGUGGAAGCUGAGCAGCUUAGGCAGGAGUUGGAGAAGCUGAAACACUGCGAUUUGGACGAGGUUCAAGCGGUUAAGGAGACGAACGAGCUCCAUCAUCUGAGGGACACUGUUCACACCAUGCAUGCAGAACGUGCACAACUCCUAGAGCUGAUUGAGAGAAACUUCAAGGAGUUGGACAGUGAGGAUGAGGACUUGAUCCAUGCUUUGACCCAGAAACUGACACCGGUAGUGCAAACAUCUCGUUCUCUUAGCCGUAUUACAUCUGGAUCAUGUUUAAAAAGUCCUUCCCCCCCCACACACAAGACCCAUCACACUCGCCCUCCACCCAAAGGCAAGAACAAGAAAGAAAAGGACGUUCAUAAAAGGUACCCAGAGAAGCUAGAAGAAGGGCUCAGCAGCUUGCAGGAGCUCAAUCUGAAGUUCGAGGCAGAGCUUGAGCAGGAGACUAUGAUGAGAAAGAAGAUUAAGGAGGCAGAACAGCAGAUUUUGGAGCUCCAGGACACCACCAGCAGCAUGCAGCAUCUUCAGCAAAAGAGUUCCCAGGAACAAGAGAACCUGAAGCCAAAACAGGACAUAAAGAAGCUGGAGGACUUUUGUGAGGAGCUCCAGCAGGUCCAAAAUAACCUUCACUCUCAAGCUAGAAAAUAUGAGAUGAUGAAGGUGCACCACAGAGAAAAACUUGGAAAAGCUAAACGGGUGCAUCUCCAAGAGCUGACCUGGCGUGAUCAGAAGAUCACAGAGCAGGAAGGCGAGCUGGACAUCCUCACAAAGCGACUUGAGAAGGAGAGUGACCUGGUGAAAAUGGUGAUGGCUGAGAAUGAAGCUCUGCUUCUGACCAAGAAAACGCUGCUUGAGCAGCUGAACGAAGCAGAAGAGAACAGCAAAAACACAGACGACCAAGUUUUUGCUCUGCGGCUAAGGGUUGAGCUCCUGGAGAAGAACAACAUACAGCAGUGGGAGAUGAACAUGCUGAAGUCCGUGCAGAUUUUCAAGCUCGAAAGACUGCUGUGGGACAUGGAAUCUCUCAGAAGCAUUCAGUACCUGAGGAAAAUUCACAGGAAUCACCUCAACGGCCCAAAGCUUCAGUGAAAGGGAGCUUGAAAUGUCCAUCACGCAGAAGACAACAGACGGCCUAUAUGAACAUCUUUACACACAACCUGGGGUGAUGUAAAGGAGGCA